AUGUUUCAUGGGAAUCCAGAGCUGCCAGAACAAGUGAAACAGCAAUACGAAGGUCAAUGCCUCUUGUACAGAACUCUUUCUGCUCCUGCUUUAGAAGUCGUCCAUAUACACAUUGGGUCUACCUCCCAUUCCAAGGAGAUGAGGAGAGUGGUGACUAAGUUCUACCAGCACAUCUUGGCCUUGGUACUUGCUGUCCAUGAGAUCAAUGAGAAUCCUGAGAUCUUGCUCAAUAUCACACUUGGUUUCCACAUCUACGACAGCUAUUCUGAUUCAAGAAUGACCUACCAUAACACUCUCGAUCUGGUCUGCAAAUCAAAGAUAUUUGUUCCCAACUACAAAUGUGACAACCAGAAAAAUCUAAUAGGAGUCAUUGGAGGACUUGAUUUUGAUAUGACUUUACACAUGAAAGAUCUCUUAAGUCUUUAUAAGAUUCCACAGCUUUCCUAUGGAUCAUUUGAUCUAAAAGGGAGUGAUCAAACUGAUUUCUCUCCAUUUUACCGCAUGGCCCCAAAUGAAGGUAUUCAAUACCUGGGAAUCAUUCAGUUACUACUUCACUUUGGAUGGAAAUGGGUAGGACUCAUUACAAUGGACAGUGAAAGUGGAGAACGCUUCUCACAGAUCUUUGAGACAAUGCUGACCCAGAAUGGAAUCUGUUCCGCAUUCAUAGAAAUUGUUCCAAAAAGUGUCCGUUUCCUUCAGCCAGAUGAAAUUGCUGCUCUCUAUCUGAAUAAUAUCCCUGCUUUCCUGAAAAGCAAUGCCAGCAUAGUUGUCAUUUAUGGAGAAAACAGAUCUAUUGCGCGACUGACAACCAUUCUCCUUGUAAGAAUGUUUACUUCUCAAACUGCUGCUGAAUAUGAGGAUAAUAGAUCUGCAUGCAAAGUUUGGAUUAUGACCGCUCAAACUGAUAUCGCGUUACUUGCCUUUCAGAGGGCAUUUGAUAUGCUGACAUUCCACAGUGCUAUCUCCUUCACAAUUCAUUCAAAGCACAUUGCAGGUUUCCAAGAAUUUCUUCAAGCAAUCCACCCAUUCAGGACAAAUACAGAUGGCUUUAUCAAGGAUUUCUGGGAGCAAGCAUUUGACUGCUCCAUUCUAAAUUCCAGUGUCCUUGAAGAUCACAGUGAAUCCUGUUCUGGAGAGGAGGGCCUGGAAAGUCUUCCUGCCCCCUUUUUUGAAAUGAACAUGACUGGGGAUAGCUACAGUGUAUAUAAUGCAGUAUAUGUUCUUGCGUAUGCCUUGCACCUCAUGUCCACAUCUAGAGCCAACCGCAGAGCAAUGGAAGUCAAAGGUGGAUGGGCCUCUCAUGUUGUGGAACCUUGGCAGCUUCACCCUUGGAUUCAGAGGUUAUCAUUCAACAACAGUGCAGGAGAUGAAAUCAAGUUUGAUGAACAUGGGGAAAUAGCAGCUGGAUUUGAUAUUACAAACUUCAUGAUUUUUCCGAAUAAAUCAUUCAUCCGGACCAAAGUGGGAAGACUUGACCCACAGGCUCCUCCUGGCAAAAUGUUUGUCAUUAAUGAGGACAGAAUCCAGUGGCAUGAAAAUUUUCUUCAGAUUCCUCCCUUCUCUCUCUGCAAUGGCAAGUGCCAACCUGGUUACAGCAAGAAAAAGAAGGAGGGGGAGAAAUUCUGUUGCUAUGAUUGUGUUGCAUGUCCAGAAGGGAAGAUCACGAACCAGACAGACAUGGAUGAUUGCAUCAGCUGCCCAGAAGAUCAAUAUCCAAACAGGGGCAAAGAUCACUGCAUUCUCAAAAUUAAAAACUUCCUUUCUUUUGAGGAACCCUUGGGCAUCACUUUAGCUUCUUUGGCUCUUUUCUUUUCUCUGGUCACAGCUCUGGUGUUUGCAGUUUUCGUUAAGCAACGGGAGACCCCCAUUGUCAAAGCCAACAACCGGAGCCUUACGUAUGUCCUCCUCGUGUCUCUGCUUCUUUGCUUCCUUUGCUCCUUCCUGUUCCUUGGGCAGCCCAGUAAGGUGACCUGCCUCCUUCAACAAAUAGCAUUCAGCAUAAUCUUCUCCAUUGCUGUUUCUUCUGUUUUGGCCAAAACUAUUGUGGUUGUUGUGGCCUUCAUGGCUUCCAAGCCAGGGAAUAUUUUUCAGAAAUGGGCAGGGAAACAAUUGGCACAUUCCAUUGUCAUUUCCUGUUCUCUUGCUCAAGUAGUCCUUUCUGCUCUUUGGUUGUCUGUUUCUCCCCCAUUCCCAGAUUUAGACAUGCACUCAGUGUUUAGAGAAGUAACUGUGAAAUGCAAUGAGGGUUCAGCCACCAUUUUCUAUUGCGUUUUGGGAUAUUUGGGCUUUCUGGCCAUUCUUAGCUUCACUGUGGCUUUUCUGGCAAGGAAGUUACCAGACAGUUUCAAUGAAGCCAAGUUCAUCACCUUCAGCAUGCUGGUCUUUUGCAGUGUGUGGGUGUCCUUUGUGCCAACCUAUUUAAGCACAAGAGGAAAAUACAUGGUAGCUGUGGAGGUCUUCUCUAUCUUGGUUUCCAGCGCUGGGUUGUUGAGCUGCAUCUUUUCACCAAAAUGCUACAUUAUUUUGCUGAGACCUGAGUUGAACAAUAGAGAGCAUUUAAUAAGGAGGCAAAAUUAG